AUGCUGCCCCGAACUCAUUCCUCCUUCAUCGGCGCAGUGCGUUCGUUGCACGACCCUGUCCGAGCCAGUCUCGCUUGCACACACUUCACUCGCGGCAGCCGUCUACUAGACGUCCAACGCCGUGAUCAACGUUUUUACGCGACAAAGAAGAACUCGCCCUUGGCAGAAAAACUCGCGGUCAAUGCUGACAGACUGUGGAAUGACAUCCAGGAGACAGCGAAAUGGAGUGCACCGUCAGACGGCGGUGUGACACGCCUAUGUGCCGAUGAAAAUGACAAGAUGGUCCGCGACUGGUUCAAAGACCAGAUAUUGUCGUUGGGUGGCUCGUACAAGGUCUGGCCCAUCCAAAUCGGUCGCUGUUACGUCUAUGACAUACUAACAAGGCCAAAGGUCAAUGCUACAGGCACUCAGAUUGCCGUGUUUGAGGGCCAAGACAACAGCAUCCCUCCGAUUGCCAUGGGAAGCCACUUGGACACUGUCGUCAGAGGAGGAAAGUUCGACGGUAUACUGGGGGUUCUUGGUGGCCUCGAAGUCAUCCGUAGCAUGAAGGAGUUGAAGAUCAAACCACAUGCCCCUGUGGCUUUGUGCAAUUGGACCAACGAAGAAGGCGCUCGGUUUUUCCCACCACUUGGUUCGUCCUGUGUGUACGCAGGUCAGGCAAAGGUUGAGGAUGCGCAUGCUUCGACAUCCAACGAUGGCUCGCCAGAGACGAUGGGUAAUGCACUGGCCAAGAUAGGCUAUAUCGGUGACGGUCCAAACACAUUCAAGCAAUUCCCCAUCUCUGCACAUUUCGAACUUCAUGUUGAACAGGCCGUAUCACUGGAGAAGGGCGGCAAGGCCGUCGGAUGGGCAACUUGCUGGCCUGGUAUGACCUGGUACGAUAUCUUCUUCACUGGAGAUGACGGCCAUGCCACGACUUAUCCUAUGUACAGUCGUCGGGACGCCGUAGUAGGUCUUGGAAAGCUGAUCGCCGAGAUCGAUAAAGUUGCAUUUGAGAAGAAUGGCUAUACCACCGUAACCAGUCUGAGAUCCGGCCCUUUUGGGGCAGGUAGCAUUCAGUCCACCUCCAAAGUUACCUUUGGUAUUGUGCACAAGGAGGAGAAGGGUCUGCUGGAGAUGGCUGACACCAUUCUGGAACGAGCGGCAGCCAUUGCCGCGGCACACGGUCUAGAAUGGAGCAACGACCGUAUCAUGCACCUACUUCCUGGCAAGUUUUGGCAGGAGGCAAUUGAUUGUGUCGAGGCCGGCUGUGGCGACAUGGGAAUGGAGACCAUGACCAUGACUGCGCACGAUUCCACCAUGACCCAGCUCUUGGUGCCUACCGCUAUGGUGUUGGCACGCUCUAAGAAUGGCUGGAGCCACUGUGCAAAGGAGUGGACCAGCAAGGAGGACUGCGCCGUCGGCACCCUGGUUCUGGGGAGAGCCGUGUUGAACUUUGACGAGAAGCUAAAGGGGAAGUCCGCUGCGAACAAGUAA